UACUCCCAUAGGCCGGCCGGCCCUUAUCCGUAUACUAGUCCUUCGUUCUCCAUGAAUGCCUACGCUCUGCACUCGAUGGAGGUGAAGGCGAAGCCGGCGAGGGGCGGGAAGAGGAGCAGGGCGAGCGGCGGCAUGGCGGUGGUCCUGCUGGAGAAGAAGGAGUCGGAGAAGGAGAGGAGGAAGCGCAUGAAGGCGCUCUGCGAGAAGCUUGCAUCCCUAAUUCCAAGAGAACACUGCUGCUCCAGCACUUAUAUCCAACCGAAGAAAAACGACAUAAGCGCCACGCAGGACCGUCAUAGUAAAAAAGGAUACAAUGACCCAGCUAGGCAGCCUGGACGUGGGGGCGUCAUACAUCAAGAAGCUGAAGGAGAGGGUCGACGAGCUGCAACGUAGGAGGAACUCUGUGCAGGCCUUGGAUACCUUAAGAGGAGAUACUAGCAUCCCAACACCCACUACCACCACUACCACAAGCAGCAGUGCAAGGUCGCCGGAAGAAGAGAAAGCUUGGGAGGCAUUGGAACCAGUAUUGCAGGUGCGGCAACACGACGAUUCAAGCAUGGAGGUGAGACUGAUAUGUUGCAUGGAGAGGCCGAUCAAGCUCCAUGAGGUGAUCACCAUCCAUGAGGAAGAAGGUGCUGAGAUCAUCAAUGCCAAUCGCUCUGUUGCUGGCCACAAAAUGUUGUACACUAUACACUCUCGGCUCCGACUUUUUUCACAUGAAAAUCAGGCACCGUCGUGCAUGCGCAGCGAUAGGGUCCUCAGGUACACCGAUGGAGCCAACGCGACUCCUCCCAAGGAGCUCGUCAGCAACAAUGAUAUAGGUGGAACCAAUAAGGUGACAAACCACGAGUGUGAGUCUUGGGUUGAGCAAGACCAAGUGACGUGGAGUUCAAUGCUUGCGUCAGUAUCACCAGAGCUGCUCGAGUAGGUGUGGGGUUGUGUCAACCAUGGUGAGCCCUGGUCUACCUUUGGGGUGCAUGUUCUCCUCUCAUCCAUGUAAUUGGCAAAUCUGAGGAAGAAUGUCUCUCGGUAAAUGACUACAUAAAAAAGUAAAGGAAUUCACCGAUACUAUGGCCAUGCUAGUAUCUCCACUCGCUCUCGUCGAAGACGACAUGGUCUCCUAUGUGUUAUGUGGCCUUGGAUCUAACUACAAUCCCCCGUUGUCGUUGAUUACAACUCAAACAAAACCGCUAUCCCUUGGUGAGUUGUAUUCUCGUCUACUUUCUUUUCAAAUCAUGUUGGGGCGGCAAUACCUCUCCUUCCAGGGCAACUCUUCAGGCAACUUUACCCCACCUGGCCGUGGUGGCGCAAAACAU